AUGAAUACAAACAUAAUUUUAAUUUUAGAAGGACUCCAAUGUGUAUGGUGGAUAAUAUUAUCCAUCAUAUUAAAAUGGAAUCAUUAAAUUGCAAUCAUAACUCUGGCUUCAACAUCAAUAGUCCUGAAACUAGGAUUGCUUAUGCAAAUUAAAAAAAUUAACAAUAAAGGGUAAUAUUUAUUGCUUCUACUACUAAUUCUUGCUGAUACUAUCACCUAUACAGAAAUAAACCUACUCCUUUAUUAACUUUUUAAUCCCUUUUCUAAUCACACAAACACUCUGUUUAUUGUAACUAAUUAAUAUAUUAUUAAAGAAAUAGUCGCUAAACAAAUUUCAUAUAAAAUAAUCAGGUUUUGUUAUCCUUGUUAUAUAAUAUUGAGACUAUUCUCAAUUGUUUUCAUUAAAUUUGAUUAUACAAUUUUAGAAAGCAUCAUAAUUAUUUUGGUCUUUGUAUUUGCUAUUUUGGGGGAUGAAAAAUCUAUAAUCUCUGCAAAAAUUCGUUUGUCUUUGCAAUUGCAAGAUGAGGAGUAAUCAGAUCGGUAUAUGAAUACCUUAAAAUAUUCAAAAAGAAAAAUAAUGAGAUAGCAUGAAUCUAGUAACUUGUUUUUUCAGGAUUAAUCCAAGGACAAAGAAAAAUUAAGAAGUCCCAGCAUCCUUUCCAAUAAACAUUUAUCAUAUAACGAUUUAUUUUCAGCUGUUCGAUAAAAAGAGUCUAUCGAUGUUGACAAAUCUGAUUUUUGCUCCCGCCUUUUCAUUACCAGAAUUUUACAUUUAAUCCCAGAUGGCAUAAUUAUUUUGAAUAAAUUUCAACAUCUACAAUUUAUGAAUAAGAAAUUUAUGGCGUUGAUGGAUUGUAAUAAAGAAGAGUUAAUACUGUCGAAACUAAAAGAUUGCAUUAGAAAUCAUGUUGUUAAUUUGGAUAAUGGCUUAAACUUCCCGUAAUCUCAAAAUAACAGAAAAAUUGAAAUGAAUUAACAUACAUUAGAAGAAAUAAUAAAAAAAGCACAAUAGAAUAAAGUUUAAUUGGAUAUUUUUGAUGUUUUACUAAACUAAAAUAAAUAUCUGAAUCAAUAUCUCAUUCAAUAGAAUAACUAUGAGGGAGAAAAAAGUAGUAUUGAUGAAUCUUCUGGCUAACAAAUAAAUUAAAAUUAAUUUCGUUUUAGUCUUUCUUUAGAAUCAAAUAAAUUUUUAAAACUUACAAUUAUUCAAACAUAGAUGACAAAUUAGUAAUUAGAUUCAUUAGCUCAAAAUGAUAUGUAAAUUUUUGGAGAUUUUAAAAAUCAACCUGUGUUGAUAUUAAUCCUAAAAGAUAUCACUUAUAAAAAUAAAUUUAAAAAAAUUGAAAUGAAAAAUUAAUAAUUCUAUCAUGUUUUAAAAAAAUAAUUGUUCUAAUUAAGAACUCCUCUUAAUUUGAAUCAGCAGUAUUUAAGGAUCUUUAGAGAUGUCAUAAAAGAGGAAUAGGAAAUUACAGAAAAAGUGGAAUUGCUCUAGUGUUCUACUUCUUUUCUAUAAUAUCAAAUGAAUAAUAUUUUGGAUUUCAUAUCUUAUUAACUCAAUGAAUUUGCAUAUUUCUUCUGCAGAUUCUCAAUCAAUGAAUUGAUCAAUGAAAUUGAAUAAGUGUUUAUUCCAUAUAUAAUUCAGAAGAAAAUCCAAUUUUAGAUCAGAAUUUAAUCUAAUCUGUCUGAAAAGUAUUUGAAUUCCGACAAAUUAAGAAUCAUUUAAGUGUUGUUAAAUAUUCUAAAUCAUUAAUCUAACAAUAUUUUACAGGGUGGUGAAAUCAACCUAAUAUUUAAUGCUAAAGAUGAUUUUACAGUAUAAGUGGCUGUAGAAAACAACUCAGCCCAAAUGAGUAGAAAGAAACAAUUCUCCUUUAAUUAAAUAAUGAUGCUGAGGAAUCAAGAUGAUGACAGUUGUAAUGACAUAAUGACACAUCCAGAGUUAGGUUUUGGAUUAAAUUUAGCAGCGAAAUUAGCAUCAGGAUUUAUUGAGGGUAAUAAUAAAAAUAUUGAAAUUUUAUCAAAUUCUGCUGAUAGUAGCAGUAUUAGCUUUUUGAUUUAAGAUCAAAUGCUCUAAAAGGAUUAGGAUCAAAAGGAUUAAGAUUAAACUAGGAAUCAAUCUAAUACAGGUGGUUUUGUAGUUCCUAAUAAAUCUUAAUCUUGGUAAUAAGAAGAUAACUUCAUUGAUAACACUGACCAUUAUGAGAAUUCAGAAAAAGUUGUUUAAAAAUCAGAUGGUGUCAAAUCAUAUGAAAGUCCAAACAUUGUUGAGGAUUUCAGUGAACGUAUAAUUAUACCUUAAUCAAAUUAUUUUUAAUUUAGAUCUAUUGAAAGUCCAAAGUAAUAAUUAAUACACUAAACGUUUUCGUUUAAAAUAUCAACUUUAUAAUUACAUGAAUGCAAUGCUACUUGUAAAAAGAUAUUGAUAGUUGACGAUUAGAUUUUUAAUUAAAUUGCACUCAAGGCUAUUUUAAACCAUUUUGCAAUUUAAUGUGAUUAGGCAUAUGAUGGUUAUUAAGCAAUUCAAAGAGUCAAAGAAAAGCUCUAAACUGUUUGCUAAUUUUAUGAUAUCAUAUUUAUGGAUAUAGAAUUACCAGGAUUAAAUGGAUUUGAAACUUCGAAAGAAGUAAGUUUGCUUGUCUAUUUUAGAUAAUUUCAAUGGGAUGCAAGAAGACAGCAAUUGUAAUUUGUUCAGCCUACGAUACAAAGGAUAACUUAAUGUAAUUUGAUCAUUCUGGGUUAUGCGAUUAUCUACAAAAACCAAUACUGUAAAUUGAACUACUCUAAAUUCUCAAAAAAUAUUAAUUAGUUAAAUGAUUAUUGUUUUAUUAUGUCUAAUUACUUUCUACCUAAAGAUAACCCUUCAGAGACUUACGAAUAUUAUGAGUUGCCCUAUUGUAAGCCUAGUGAUUACGAGGAAGUAAUUGAAACUUUUGGACAAUCAUUAUCUGGGGAUAAAUAAAUGACUUCAGUGUACAAGUUCAAUUCAAAACAGAAGAUAGAAGAUAAAUAGGUUUGUGAGAGAAAUUUUAUAAAUGCGGAAAUAAAGAAAUGGAUUGAAGCAAUAGAUUAAGAGUACAUAAUCGAGUUUUAUUUGGCGGAUUUUAUAAUGCAUGAUGUAGUGGGACAUUAUAAAGAGGGGCAGUAUUAUCUAAAGAAUAGAAUCACAUUUAAUUUAUAUGUAUCGAAUGAUUCACGACUGAUGUAUGCUAAUAUCACUAUGAAUGAUGGAGAUUUUAAAUAAAUAAAUUAAUAAGAUGAUGACACAUAGAUCGAAUUCUAUUUUACUGUUAAAAUCUAAGAGUACAAUGAGACUAUGAAUGUCCAUCAUCAUGAUAUCAAAUGGAAUUCGCUACUAUUAAAGACCAUAAUAAUCUUACAUUUAGUCUUCGUCAUCUGUUAUUUAUUGAGGAGAUCUAUAAAAAGUGGUUAUAGCAAUAUCCCUGAUGAAGAAAACGAAAUCGAACCUUAAGGAUGGAAGUCAAUCAAAAUUGAAUCAUUGAUGCCUCCCACAAAUCGUAUUCUGUUCUCUGCAUUACUUGGCACAGGCAUUCAUUUUUUGGUAACAAUUUUGAUUUUGUUGGUCUUGGGAUCAUUUGAUUUAUUUGACACUCGUAAAGGAUCUAUAAAAUCGGCAGGAAUAAUUGUAUAUAGUUUUUGUGGAGCCAUAAAUGGUUAUCAAACGGGGAGGUUUUAUAAAUUUUUUGGAGGCAAGAGAUGGCUAUUAAAUUUGCUCAUAACCACUGGACUUUUUCCAUUAUCUGCAAUAUUUAUACUUUUUAUUAUUGAUGUAUUUUCAAUAUUGUUCGGAACAACAUCAACUUACUCAUUUACAGCUAUGUUUUCUGUUGGCUUCAUUUUAAUAUUUGUGUACAUGCCUUUAACAAUAAUAGGAGGAGUUUCAGGCAGGUUGAGAACUGUAGAUGAGUUGCUUGAAAAAAGAUUGUAGAAGAAAUUGUUAAUCUCAAAUUAUUCAUUUCUAUUAAAAGGAUUUUUGUAUGGAAUUGUGCCCUUUAUAUCAAUUGCAUUGGAAUUAUAUUACAUUUUGGAGAGUACAUGGAGUGAUCAUCCAUUUGAGUAUUACACAUUGUUAUUGUUCUCUUAUAUUCAAUUGUUGAUCAUAGUGGGUUGUCUAUCAAUCAUCCAAACUUAUCAACAAUUGAAUAAGGGCAAUUACAAUUGGCAAUGGAUAUCAUUCAUUAAUGGAGGAUAGUGCAUCAUAUACAUGUUUGGAUUCAUCUUUUAUUAUUAUUAUUAUAUGAAUAUGCAUGGAUUUUAUUAAUUUUUAUAUUAUUUUGGAGAAAGUAUAUUGGCAUGUUUUGUAUUAUGGUUGAUGUUGGGAUUUGUGAGUUAUUGGAUCUCGUUGAAAUUUGUGAUUUAUAUUUAUUCAUAAAAUAAGAUUUAAUGA